UAUUGUAUGUUAUAAUAUAAAAGAUUAGAAGAAUUUUUGAAAAAAUACUAGUUUAUGUAUAUUGCAUGUACAUCUCGCGUGAGCUUGAUCAUGGAAUUCUAGAAAAUCCACUUUACGCAACGGUUGUCUAAGGUUCUUAGAAAAAGCUAAAAACACGCGGCUUGCCUCCCCCACUGCUGCAACUUAUACUUGACCCGGCCAAUCGCUGCAGCUCAAGGUUCUACCUCAGCCAGUUCUCGUCUCUGAUGAGGUCCUCCCCUCUACACGGUGUCAUUUCCUCAGAGUCCCUCAGUUCGCUCAGUUCUUCCUGGCCGUUACCGUCUGACAGAGCGAGGCAGUACGAGCCGCUUGGACAAGUGGUUUUGUUUUGUGGGCACUUAUAAUUGGCGUGACACUCCGGAUUUUGCGCUACCAAUCGAUCCUGAACCAAUCAGCAACAUGCCGAAAAUAAAGCCCACCACUUCGCAAAAAGCCGAUGACAGAGGCGCGGAUUCGGAGACCGGAUACAAUUCAGAACCUUCAUCAUCUCGGAUGUCAAGCAAAUCCCGUGCGAGUCACAUGCUGAGACAACCCUGCGGGUCUAAACUGCAAAAGCAAAAAACGAAGCAAGUCGAACUUAAACGCUCUUCCGUUGAUCGAUGGAUUAAGAAGCUCCAAGAAUCUGAGAAUCUUAAUUCAGGUUUCAUACAAAUUCUCGGAGAAAUACAGAACAACAUAAUAGACCAUCUAGAAACUAUUGAAGAAAAUUUGUACACUUUUUUAAAACAAAAGUUUUGUACCAUACAAGCUGAUGAAAAUUCUAGAACAUUAUUUUUUAGUAAAGAGAUAGAACAUAACAAACAAAUUUUAAAAGUAAAACUGCCAAUAUUUGAUCUAGAACUAUUCAUGGAGUUUGACCAAUCCCUUGGAGAUGAUAAAAAAAAAUUUAAUGCCUUUAGAAAUUUAAUCACAUGCAUAACUGCUGGGAGCCAUCACAUAGAUCAUGAUAUCAACACGAUAAUGCAUUCUACCAUAACUCAGAAAGCUCGUUUUAAUUACUCUGGAGCAGGUAGAACAUAUGGUGGUAUAAAAAAAGAAAACUUCAGUAUAACAAAUGUUUACCACUGCAUGGAGGAUUUACUCACCGAAAAGUAUGAAAAAUCAACAAUAGAAUUAAAGAUAAAGGAUAAAGUCUGUCGUUGGUUCAGUACAAGAAACUACAAUUUUUAAUUCAAGAUUCAUUUUACAAAUCAGAACUAAGCUCAAUAGUCAAAUCACAAAAAGACUGCACUUACUUUGUUACUGAAAAAGGCCAUACAUAUUUUAAGUUUAUUUGAUACAGUCAAUUAUGAUUAUAACAUUAAAUGAAUUAAUAAUUUAUAAUAGCAUGCUUAUAUAUUGUAAAAAUAAUUUUUACUGAUCAAAUGUGAUACAAAAAAUUGUAUUGUAAGAAUUGUAAGAAAACUAAUAAAAUAAGUUUUAUAAAAAUUUUAUUUAAGUUAUGCUAAUAAUCCUCAUAACCAAUUUUCCUUUUCGACAGUUUAAAAUUAUAAUGUGCAUAAUCAUCUUGUUGUUACAUGGAAAUAAUUUCAUACAAAAUAUUUAUAAAUUGAUAUUACACGAUUUUUUACUAUAUUUAAUCUGCAAUCACACAGGUACCUUGGAGUGAAAUAAAAUUUUUACCAUGGGAUAGAAUUCUUGUUAAAAAAGAAAAUAAUCAAGUAGUUAAUUAAGUAUAAAUACAAUUCAUAUUCUCUUGUA